GAGCUUGCACGAACGGCGGCGACGCUAUGCACUCUGGGUAGGCAGCCAUAUUUUUGUGAGAGGUGGCCGAGGAGUGCAGCAGCGCAGUCGUGUUUGCGAGCGUUGGCGUAGCUUUCAGGCGUGAUAGAGUGCGAGCGCGACGCAAGUUCAACUCCAAGGAGUGCCGUGCACCAUGUCAGCGUCACCGGAAGAUUACACCGCAACGCUAUGCCAAAAAGAUCGCGAGCGGUACGAAGAGAAGAUGAGACUUUGCGGACUGGACCCAUUCGCGCUUCGUGCGGGCGACUAUGUUAGCGACGUGGACUUGUGGCCGCGCGUCGACAGCUCCGACAUUCAUAAAUUUCUCGUGCUGAGGACGAGUUUUAUUACCCGGGAGCAGCUAAAGUCGAGAAAGGCACUCGAAGGCCACAACUUUGUGACGAGUGGCUGGGUGCGGGAGCCGUGGGUGAAGAAAGUCGCCGCCGACACCGUGAUCGUCGUUACUCAAGUUAACCACUCCCAGAGCAUUAACAAGCCCCCCGUCGACGUCUGGUUCAUGGGCAAGAGUGAUGGCGAGGUCCUUGCCGCGCACUGCACAUGCAUGGCCGGGAACGGCGAAGCCUGCUCUCAUCUCGCUGCGCUGUUGUUCUACGUGGAGUACGGCGUUCGUGCGCGAGAGGAGCGCUCCUGCACUGACGGCCCCAACAGCUGGCUUCCUCCGCUCGUCAAAAAGCUUCAUGCGCGACCAGUGGCUGCAAUGGACUUAGCGUCGUCCGCAAUGAAGAAGCGUCGUCUUGAUGGAUACGUCAACGCUGUCGCAUCACAAAAUUUACCUCCACGACCUGUGGCUCCGGCUCCUACAAAAGAGAAAUGGAAGAACUUUUUCGACCCCCUAAUUCAAUCAGGGCACCGACCUGCAGCAGCAAGCACAGACCCGUGUUACAGCGAUCGUUAUGUACCGCCGGUAAGGAAUUGCCCAGGCGAUGACUUGCGUCGGCUUUACGACAGAUCCGCAUUGACCCUUACUCACCAAGAGCUUUCAGAGAGGUGCCGUCAGAUUUACGCUACACUGCGCGUAAAUGAGAAAGCUCAGAGGAGCAUAGAGGCAAGAACAAGGAAGCAAAGCAUGAGUGUAAAAUGGUAUGCUUAUCGAACGGGCCGAAUCACAGCAUCCACACUUUAUGAUGUAUGUCACACAAAAAUCGAGGCACCAUCAUCAAGCCUUGUCAAGAAAAUUUGUUACACCCACGAGACCAAAUUUUCAUCACCGCCAGUGAAGUACGGAAAACAAAAUGAGCCAAAAGCACUACAUGCGUACAAAGUGCACGCGAACAGAAGUCAUCAAAACGCACAGUUUAAUGAAGCAGGGCUUCUGGUUUCCCAGCAACGUGUUUUUCUUGGUGCCACGCCAGACAUGCUCGUUGAGUGUUCAUGCUGUGGAAAAGGCCUUGUUGAGGUCAAGUGUCCUUGGUCAGUGAAAGAUGGCAAGCUGAGUGACCUUCUGCUUGGCAGUAACAGUUUUGUCACAGAAAACAAAGGUGCAUUAGAGCUAAGAACUGCACACCGUUAUUUCUACCAAGUGCAAACACAGAUGUAUGUGUGGCAGCGGCAGUACUGUGAUUUUGUGAUUUGGAACAAGGAUGACAUAAGCAUACAAAGGAUUGCAGCCGAUCAAGCAUUUCUGGCCCCGCAUCUUGAUGCUGCUGAAAAUUUCUUUUGCAGAGUUCUGUUGCUCGAGCUUGUGGCACACUGGUUCACAGCACAGAAAGAAAACAUGGCAGCGACAAAUGAACUGGCACCUGCAAGUGCGUCUUCGGAUCAAGGUGCUGAUGACCCGAAUACGAGCAAUGUAUUCUGUUUAUGCAAGGGCCCAGAGGAGGGCAAAAUGAUUGCCUGUGAUGGUUUAAACUGCCCAGUCGCAUGGUUCCACUUCAGAUGUGUAGGCCUAAAUAGAGCGCCUAAAAGUAAGAAAUGUUACUGUGACCAAUGCAAAUGAGUGAUUACUUAUGGCCACAACAUUACUCAAGUUCGGCUUAAAUUAAUACCCGAAAUGAAUUCACACAAGGAACUGUAAUGAGGAUCUAGAGUAUGUUCAUGUUGGAUGUUACUCUGAGCACAAUGUGGUAAGGUGCAUUUCAGAAUACAGGGAUAAGUGAUGCAAAAAUAUGUGAAUAAAAAAAAUUUUUGAACACACUCCAGAGACUUGCAUUGCGUUUUUAUUAAUGACAGGCAAUAAAACGCAGCACACAUGCACCACAAAACAUAUGCAGGGCAUUUACAAACGAACUUAAUAUGUAUUGAUGGGCUAGUUGGUGAGCCAUGAUGUAUUAUGAAGCAGCGCACAUAAGGACACAAACACGCACACAACAGUUAAUUGACACAAACACAAGUGAUGUACUGCAACUUGAUGCUUUACUGCUUAAAAGACCCGCCUUAUAUAAGACAGCACUUGUGUUUGCGUCAACUUUUUUGUGCGUGUUAGUGUCCUUACGUGCACUGCUUCAUAAUUACAAACUAAGCCUGCAGCUCCUGCGAUAAGGUCACUCAAAAGGCACAACCGAAUUACACAGAUUCGUGAGGGCACAGCAGACGUGGGCAAUCUUGUCAAUUUGUCACUCCCCAUACGCAUUGACUCGUAGUACUUCAACUGGCAAUGAACCCUUAAGUAUGUUGUACUUGUUUCUCACCAUGCCGAUCACUCUUUCUACGUGUAUUCGUACGUUUGCUAUUUCUCUAGUUUUUUCGACGUCUUCACUCGAAAGCUGACGCUUUCCUUGAGUGAAGGCUGGCAUAGCAAGUGUUGCAUGACACAUGCCAACGCUCUCGGCAAUCAAAAAUCCUCGGUCUGCAAGAACUACAUCACCGUACUCUAGAAGAUCAAGAACUCCGCAUUCUUCAGUGAUGUGUUUGUCACUGGCACGCCCACCAUAGGCCUUUGACAGAAAAGACACGGCACCCUGAGGAUAUAUUCCAACCAGAAACUUGACUGUGUUGCGAUGCUUAUAAUGAGACCACGUCUCAGCACGAGGCAAGUAAGAGCUCGGACGGUCAAUAAAAACUUCGAAACAAUCAAGUAUGACGCGAACCUUGAGGCCAAAGUUGUCUACAAAGGCCACUGGCAUCGUUUUCAUUAAUUGUUCUUUCUCUGGCCAACGAACAAGGGGUCCAAUUCUGUCAACGAACAGAUCGAGCCAUUUAUCAAAAAUUCUUGAUGCUGUUGACAGCGAAACAUCAAAGCGAAACGCUAAAUCCUGGAAUUGGCAUCCAAGCCGCAAUCUCAUCAGAAAUAAUACCAUUUCCUGAAAUUUUGUCAGCGAGUUUCGUCCUGUGUGCGACAUGUGGCUCUUAACUAGCUCAAACAGCGACAUAAGCAUAACAAAUGAUGGCAGCCCAGUGUAAAAUGUGACCUUGUCGUCUUUGCCUUGCAAGGCCUCCUUAGUAAAGCUCACCGAUGAAGCUGCAGCCUUCGUUUCUUUAAGCUGCUCUUCCAGGCUGGAGAUACGUGCUUGCAUGUUGUCAAUUUCGCUUCCACAGAGUUCAGUCUGGCAGGUAGCUUCUGAUAAAGAUACAGAGGAAAAGAAAAAGUCAUGUUUUUUUCACAUCACUACUUUCGCACUUGCU